GAUACGCGUUCCUAAAGGCACUAGGAGCACGCCCAUGACCUUUCCGAAAGGCACUAGGAAUGCGACUUUUUAGAGGUGACCUAACCUUCGCGAAGCUACUUGUUUGAUUGUUUUGCUUUGCUCGCGUACUCAUUGUAUCGAAGACUCCGGUGGGAUUGCGAUGUUAUCCUCGGUGCGGUCCACAUGGUUUUUUGGAGCUGAACCUGUCGGGUCUCGAAUCUUCGGAUCAAUCGUGCCUGCUACUGCUACUAGCUGUAAUAGACUCGAAUUUUUUUAAUUGUAAGUAUAUAGUAAUGAAUAAUAAGUAAUUAAGUAAAUAUUCCAUUGCGCGACGAUGGAAUUUUGCCAAGAUACAAUUCUGAGAAUGCAGAAGGGGCUUGCUAUCGCCGAAAAUUUCUUGAUGUCAAGUUGAAUUACAAUACACUACAAGCUGCAUUCAACUAGUCUUCGUAACAGGAUUCGAGCAAAAUGGGUCUCCAAUACAAUAUGAGUACAAGCUGUACGAGUGAGAGUUCGCCAUCUCUUUCAAGAAAAAAAAUGAUUUUGGACAAGUAUAAACAAGCAAGAUCUGCAUGUAGCACUUCCAGUAGCUCGCCAGAAGUAUCUAAAGAAAAGACUGCAAAUGAAAAAUUGUUUGAUAGAGAAUGCAAAGAAUUGCAGAGAAAUCUUGACAAAUCUUUUGAUUCAAAUGUAGUUGAUAGUUCAAAUUCAUCAGAUGGUUCAGAACCACGAUUACAAAAUGGAAGACACUCUGACUCUUAUGAUACAGAUGAAGACAUUAGAGUACCAAUGGAAGGUGUUCUUCACUUAAAAAGUCCUUUUAUAAACAAAAAAAAUGAAUCAGUUUACUAUGAAAGUCGUGGACGUAUGGAGCCAAUGGACUGGUCCAUCUUAAAUGACAACAAAAACUCAGAGCACUCGAAGAAGAAGAAUGACAUUUACCAGAGUAAAGCUGAAAAGGUGAUUACAAUAAAUGAAUGUUCCAAACGUAAACCCGAAGUGAGUCCUGAAUUUCUCAAUUUUGAGCAAAACUCUACUACAUCUAAGAAAACAUAUGAGUCGGAUGUUCAUUUGAUGGAUCUAAUCGAUAGACCAAUCAACGAAUCAGCAGCAUUAUCCAGCAAAGAAUCAAAUUCACGUAACAUGCCAAUCACUGUUGAAUGCACUGGUGCAUCGAUUAUUAAACAUUCUGGAUAUAAUUUAAAUGGAUCAAAAGAAUUGUGUGAAUUUGAUUCUCAUGAUUCUUUGGGCACAUUAGGAGUUCCAAACUUGCCUGAUGUCGAAAGAACAAAAUGCAUUGAUGAGCAUUCAGAUGAAUCACUAUAUUUCAGGAAAUCUUCAUCAAAAUCUAGAAGCAUUGAUGAAUAUGAUGAUGAAAUGUUUAAUUUUAUGAAACCUUCAGCAAAAUCUACGUUUAAUAGUAAUGAUGUCUCCACCAACAGUGUUUUAAAAACUCCUCCUCCUAAAACAGAUUUACAUCAAGUUAAUAAGGGAUUAGUAACAUUAAGUAAGUCAGAAUCCCCUAGUUCUAGAGCUCAGUUAUAUUUUAACAAAAUAAAAAAUAUGCAAGAAGCGAAACUUAAUUGUUCAAUGGAUUCAGAUGAUAUAUCGUUGGGGGCUUCUACCAGACAUAACGAUGACUCGGUUUCAAAGAAAUCUGUGAUUUUUAAUUAUGAGUUUUUCAAACAUAAGUUGAAAAACACAUCUACACAGUAUUCACCUGUGCACAAUGAAAAACGCGAAAUUGAAGAAAAAAUCAAGGAAAAAGAUGACAUAAAUAUAAACGAAAAAUUACUAACAAAAGAAAUUCAAACUAGAGAGUUUAUAAUGUCUAACAGAAAUGCGUUUACAGAAAAAACUAAUGAAGUGGAAAUAUCAAAUAUUAAAAUUUUUCCUAAAGCUGAGCCAUUUUUGACGGCAGUAUCCACGCGCUAUUUUGCAAAACCUUUGAAAAAAGAAGAAGAACAAGUUGAUGCAAAAACCAAUGAUACAAAUCAAGUUACAAAUAAGGUAGUUACAACAGAUGCUUUAGAUAUCUAUACGGUUAAAAAGUCAACUACUGUAAAUCCAAACAGUUCUUUGCGUAAUAAUGAAAGCAAUUCCAGUCAAGAUUUGUAUUUAAGCUUUGAUAAUACAAGCAAAGACGAGGUCUUAGCAGUCGUGACAAAAGAUAACGAGGAAAAUCGUAUUCAAAGUUAUCAACAUGUUACACCAACUGUUAUUGAUAAAUUACAAGAUACUGCAAGUAGAGAAGAUGAUGAUCAUUCAAUUUUUUGUAGCUGCAAGUACGACGAUGAUACAAAAAGUUCCCUAGCGAUUGAAGAAAUCGAUGAUUCUAAUACUUUAGAAAAUAAAAAUUCCAUAAUCUCGAAUUCAAAUACCACCCCAGUCGAUAUUGAAGCUUUGUAUAAAGGUAUGAUAGAUUCCGAUGAAGAGUUUGAUAUUGUAAACGUUGAUAGGUUUCCUCCAUAUGCCAGUAUUUUCAACAAAUUAAUGGAGGUCAAAGAAGCUCAAAAAGCUAUUGCCACUGGGAUAUUAAACGUAGACGAUCCUGAAUUUGAUAGCAAAGUUCAAGCAUAUACUAGUCAUAAUAACAGCAAUCGAGCAAUUUGUUUUGAUAAAUCAAAAUCAACCGAGAGUAGCUUGGAAAUAUCUGAUAAUUAUUACUCAAGUAUAGACGCGAGCGCCUCUUCAAACACAGACAGCGAUUGCAAAACGUCCACCUUCGGUUCGUUAAAUUCAUUGUCAAGCAACAAAGACAAUAUUUUCGGAAAUUUGAAAAUUGACACCUCUCUAUUGGAUAACUCUAUCCAUGUUUAUUACGGUAACAAACCAGAACGAAAGAAAACAAAUACGCUUCCAAACGAUAAAGAUGGAAGAUCCAAUAAAAUGACAAAAAUUGCGAAUGUGUUGAAUAAAUAUCGAAAGGAUGCAAAGCCCAAGGUUACCGAAGAAGUAAAAAAAGAAGGGGUUCAGAUAUCCGUUCAGCUACAAGCAGACACCACCUCGAACUCUAAGCAACUGUCAAAACGAUUGCGGCUGCUAAAUGAAAUUAAAAAGCGUAAAGCGCAACUCGCGGGUGAUAAACAUUAAAACAGUCAAAAAGCCUCGUGGUGUACAGUAUAUUUUUUGUAACGCAAUAUGGAUUAUGAAUAUUAAUCCAAGAGGUGAUCCUCUCAUAAAUGUGUGUCACGCGAGUUCAGAAUCAUCUUUUGCACGUGUAUUGAACACUGUUCGGCAGCACGAAGAGCGUAUUGGUCUAAUUUUGCAGAUGUCGAAAAAUGACUUUUACUUUUGUCGAUUUUUGUUUUAUUGAAUAAGUAACCGUUUUGCAUUGAUAACAGGAGAAUUUUUCUGAUUCCUAUAUAUUUUGGCGUGUUACAUUUUUUUAAAUAUCUGCUUCUUGUACAGUGACAAGAAAAACAAAUCUUUGUUAAUUGAAGUCAUGAAAUAUGUUAUUUUCUUAUUCGAGUUAUGAUUUUUUGUUGGAAUUGAUAAUUUUGUACAAGAUACAAGACGAGACUUUCUUAAGAAAUCAUGAUAAUUUAAAGUUUAGAAUUCAUUUAUCAUUAUUAAUAAUAUACAAUUUAAUAAUCAUUCCUCAUGUGGUACUAGUUGCCCAAUUAUAAAGUUAGUUUACUUAUCUCAGGGGUCUUAAAUCUUAUACAUAGAAAUUAAUCUUUUUAUUACGCAAAGCAACUCCACUUGGCGUAAUUUUUUUCUUUAUUUUCUGUUAAUUGUACUCCAUUCUUCUUUUAUCAAUGAAAUUUUAAACUAUUAUAGUGGGUUCCACUGUUAAUUGAAUUAUGUCGUGAGAGGCACUAAAAAAUCACUAAUGAAACGCGUAUCGUACAAUAUUUUAUAGCACACUGCCUGCCUCAAAUCUGUCAAGAUACGCUUAUCCGUGUCGUAUGCAGUUAUUUCUGGCUCCAUGGGGAUAGCGCUACGCUUAAGUGAUAAGCACGCUGCCAGAAAGAACUACUUACGACACGGAUAAGUGUGUCUCAAAUACGGAUUCAAAUCAUGCAUUUAUAACACUAAAUGACUAAAAUUUGUCGUUCUUAACCAUAUGAACUAUUUGAAUGAAUAAUUCAAGUUAUUGCAGACGGAUUUAAAUGAGUAUUAAAUGAAAGUACAUUUUAGUUUUUUUCUGGUGCAAACGAACGUUGCAUAUAAAAAAUGUUAAAAAACAAUUUAUAAGUAAAAACUAUGUAUGGGAUUACACUUUUUUUACGAACGUUAGAUAAUAUAAGAAAUCAUAAAAAUUAAAUUUCAUAUUUUUGUAUGAAAAUAGUCCCACGUAUUACGAUUACUAAGGCUUGUGCAUUAUAAUUCAAUGAAAUAUACAAGUCAUAAAAAAGGAAUCGCGUAAUCCAAAAAAAUAAAAAUACGAUUUCAAUGUAUCAAGUCUAAAUUUUAAUCAAGUAUAUCGAUUAGAUAUGUAUAAAAUAUUUUUAAUAAAUAUUUUUAGCAUGAA